AUGGCAUUCACCUCCAACACUCCUCCUUCUACCUCCGACAGCCAGAUCCCAGAGUACCUCAACCCAAAUACCCUGUUCCAGCCUCGAGAGAAGAACGUGACCAAUACUUUCUUAGGACACCCAAAAGCAGAACGUGUGACUGCCCUAUCCGGUGUUGGACAGUCAGACAUGGCCAAUAUCUUUCUCAAUACUUCACGGGACGCCUUCAAGGCCAACAUGAUGCAAAUCGAUGCUACCUCACAACUUCCGGUAUGGGAAGAAGAAUCUUGGGAUGAACUUCUUGAAGAAAGCGUUAUGCGACCGCAUCGCCACGGUCAAGAGGGCGGUGCGAUCCAUGGUAGCUCUACUAUGGCAUCGAGGUAUAUUGAUCCUCAGUUUCUUGACAUCCCAAGGUCUCCGCCAAGCACUGUCGCCUCACCUACCUCAGAGCAUCUCCUUCCUGAGCCAUUCGAUGUCCGCUCGGUACUCGAAGACCUUGAUCGGCAAAAUGACAUUUUCAGCCAAGAGGGUUUCACGACGAUGGAUAUUGACUCAUCUGGCCCUAUUCUUCCUGGUACAGUGGUGGGAGGAAGAGACAACGAUAGAAAUGAGCCUCAUAGCCAGAUCGAUCUUGCCAGCCUCUUCAACCGACUUGACCACGCGGGGCCGACUCUCACUCUUCAAGAUGCAAUGAAGCAGUCUCAGCUCUUUGUCAACUUUGAAGAAGACGUGUCGAACACCUCUGUCCAUCCCGAAAACCUCACAUUGAAAAGGAAGGCAUUUGAGGGGUCUAAUUAUGGGGUUCCGGAUUCUAAACGUCGGGACAUGACCUUUGAAGUUGACAACCUAUUAUCUUUGACUGCACCCCUGACCAUGACUCCCAAAGCACUUCUCCCCAACGCCCCUGAUAGCCCAUUGCUACAAUUUGCACUCAAGAGUGAUAGCUCGAGUCCCGACGAGUCAAUCGCGUCUGUGGCAGAUGUAAAAGCAUCCACUGCCCGGCCUAAAUCUGUCGUACCGGAAAAGUUAAUCGGCGACGGAUCAGCCGAGAUUGCAUUGGGUAUGAGUACAGCCGCCAUUCAAUCUUUCCCCACAUUCGAAGAGCUUCUCAAGCAUGUUCAUCCCGAUAACUAUGCUCGCGCGAAAGCAUUCGGCGAAAAAAUUGCAAAGAACAGGCUCAAAGCCAAGAACGCUGCAAAACGGUCCAGGGAUCAGAGAAGAGCAAAAAUUGAGAAGGCCGAGGAGCUUGAGAAGGAGACGGAGAUGCUACGGGGGAAGCUCGAUGGUAUGAGGACAUUGUUGAGUAGAUUGGUGGCGAAUGGAACGUUGAGCAAAGAUGCGGUAAAGGGCUAUAUCUAA